AUGGAGAGACUUCAAUCGUUCCCUCAACAAUUUGGCCUCGAAAUUGUACGCAAAGUCGAUCGCAGACUUUCGUUAGCAAACUUCAAGCUUGACAAGUACGAGAAGGAUAAGGCGAGAUUGCAACACGACAAGGUCAAGUCGAUAGAGGAAAAAGGUGAAGAGGUUAAUGAGGAGGAGGAGGAAGAGGAGGAGGAGGAGGACGGCGGUGUCGCUUCCCUGUGCGCCGAAAUAGAUGAUUUUGCUGGCAGAGUUGUCGAAGAGUCGCCGGAGGCGCCGUUGGUCUUCCCUCAAUCCGCCGUCAAGAAGUUUCUUGACCUCGCGGAGGAGACGGUGGAGAAGCAUGAGUCCGGCGAGUUCGGGAUAUUGGCGUCCCUCGAGAAUGGCGACCUCAGCCUUUUCAACAUCGUCGAUCGCUUGGUCAAGCUGACGUCGGCAGCGGGGGAUUUCACAUCGGCGAAAACAGAGCGCAAACGGGCGAUGAGCCGCGCAGGCUGCGUCGUCCACAGGGCGAUGUGCUUCCUCGAGGACGAGCUGUAUAUCCUCCUCGAUCAAGAUCCUAAAUUCAAGGUCGACCCGAACAGCACCCGAUCCAAGAGCAAGCGUCCGUCCUCCUUCGACCGCAACUCCGACUCGGCGGACCGGUGCUGCGCCCUGCCCUCGCCGGAGUCCAACUCCUUCCACCUCGCGCCGGAGAUGUUCGAGAGGCUGUGCCGCAUGGUGGGAUCCAUGUUCAACGCCGGGUACGCUACGGAGUGCUGCCAGGUGAUCGCGGUGGCGCGCCGGAACGCCUUCGACGCUGGCCUGUCCAGCCUCGGCUACGAGAUGCUCAGCAUUGACGACGUGGUGCGGCUGCCGUGGGACUCGCUAGAGAGAGAGAUCGCCACGUGGAUCCGAGUGUUCCGGCAAUCCGUGGAAGUCGUGUUCCCCCGUGAGCGGGAUCUCUGUUUCUCCGUCCUCGCCGGCCAAGAACCCAUCGCCCAAACCAUCUUCUAUGACCUCGUCCGCGGCGCCACCAUCCCGCUGCUCACCUUCGCGGAGGCCGUCUCCAUGACCAAACGCUCCGCGGAGAAGCUCUUCAAGGUGCUCGACGUGUACGAGACUCUACGCGACACGCAGCCCAAGAUCCACGCGCUCUUGCGAUCAAGGGCGUCGGAGGAACACAGCGAGGCGGAGCCGUCGUCUGCGUUGGACGAUCUCGAGACAGAGAUCGCGUCGUUGCGCGCCCGACUCGCAGAGGCGGCCGUGGCCAUCUUCUCCGAGCUGGAGAACUCGAUCAAGAACGACGCCGCGAAGACGCCGGUGCCGGGUGGCGCCGUCCACCCGCUCACCCAGUACUUGAUGAACUAUCUGAAGGACGCGUGCGAGUACAGGGGCACGAUGGAGAACAUCUUCAGGGAGCAGAAGAAUGGCGGCAACAACAACGACAACCAGUUCGUGAGCCAAUUGAUGGAGGUGAUGGAGAUGCUGCACGCGAACCUGGAGGGGAAGUCGAUACUGUACAAGGACCCGGCGCUGAGCAGCAUCUUCCUGAUGAACAACGGCCGGUACAUCAUGCAGAAGAUAAAGGCGUCGUCGGAGGUCCACAAGCUGCUGGGGGACGUGUGGAGCCGGAAGAGAUCGACGGAGUUGCGGCAGUACCACAAGAACUACCAGCGGGAGACGUGGUCGAGGGUGCUGGGGUGCCUCAAGGACGAGGGGCUGCAGGGGAAGGGGGGAGGCGGGGUGGCGAAACCGGCGCUGAAGGAUCGGUUCAAGAGCUUCAAUUCCAUGUUUGAGGAGAUCCACAAGGCGCAGUGCCUGUGGGUGGUCAGCGACGAGCAGCUGCAGUCGGAGUUGAGGGUGUCGGUGUCGGCGGUGGUGGUGCCGGCGUACCGGUCGUUCCUUGGGAGGUUCGCGCAGUACCUGGACCCGGGGAGGCAGACGGAGAAGUACAUCAAGUUCGGCCCGGAGGAGCUUGAGAAUUACAUCGACGAACUCUUCUCCGGCGACCCUUCCUCGUUGGUUGGCCGGAAGAAAUAA